AUGAAUUUGAGAAAAGAAUUAACCAAUUUUUUAAACCUAUGUUUCAUCUUUUCCGGUGCCUUUAUGUUUUGGAAAGGGUUGAGUAUCAUCACAAACUCUGAAUCUCCUAUAGUUGUUGUUUUGUCAGGAUCUAUGGAGCCUGCUUUCCAUAGAGGCGAUGUUUUAUUUCUAUGGAACAAAAAUAAAUAUAAUAAUAUAGGCGAUAUAGUUGUUUAUGAAGUAGAACAUAGACAAAUCCCAAUUGUACAUAGAGUUUUAAGAGAACAUAAAAAUCGAAAGGGCGAACAAUUUUUGUUAACGAAAGGUGAUAACAAUAACGGCAACGAUAUACCCUUAUAUGCACCAGGCAAGAAAUAUUUACAAAAGUCAACUGACAUUUUAGGUACUGUUAAAGGAUUUUUACCGCAAGUUGGAUAUGUAACUAUUUGGGUAAGUGAAAACAAAAACAAUGCCUAUUUAUUCUACGGACUUAUGGCAAUUGCAGCAUUAUUUUUUAAUAAUUGA